UUUUAAUAAGAGGACGUCUUUAAGAAAAUGGCGGCGGGAAAGUUGACUGUGGAUGCCGUUAAAAAAGCUUUGUAUUUACAAUCACAUGGCGGCGCUAUUGGACGUUAUUAUGUGCAAAGAACUUUUGAACAUCUUCAACAGUGUCAUGAUUAUUUCAGAGAAAAUGUAAAGGAAAUAAGGGCUAGUGUUCCUAGUGACGCUAACCAUGCUUUUCAGCGUUUCGUUUUUGAGAAUGUGCCACAGCUGAAAUACAGAAACCCUAAGACUAUGUUUAAUUUCAAUUUAAGAGAUGAGCGUCCACCAGAACUAGUCAUUGUUUAUGCUGAUGGACAACAAACAGAAAUAAACAUUGACAGAAAACAGUCAGAAAUUUAUAAUGAUGUUAUAGAAGCCACUAGGAAUAUGAAUGAUGACCUCAAUAUUGAAAAUAAAGACCAAAAUUGAUACCAAGUGGGUGUUUAAUCUGCGGUUGUUCAAAGUUGUUGGCAAAUAAAGACCUGGAAAUCCCCCUUGAGCACAAUAGCUAGCAGUGGCCUUUCAGUUGGGGCACGUUAUCAAUGACAAGGAGAGGUUAUCGCUUUCUGUUUGCUGGUGAAAACUAUAUUUCGAUUUUUGAAUACAGGCUGUGAAGUAGUUGAUUUUCUCCUCUGUUUGAUGAUUAAUUGUUGAUGUAUGAGAAACAAAGUCAAGUAAAAGUGGCCUGGUGGUUUGAUUCAUUUGAUCAGUGGCUUUUUCUUACUUUACUUUAGAUGUAUGGCUUUGUUGUCUUCUUUUUAAUUCAUUUGAGUAUAGUGAUAUUUAUAGUUGACCUUACUCUGUGAAUGGCAUCUUUUAUUCCCUUUUGAGCAUGAAGCGGUUAUUAAUCAAAGGACCCACACUGCGUUGCAUGUUUUGCUAACACUGCCUGACUUAACCUGGUUUAAUCAUACCUAAUUGGCUACCCAAAAAUCAGGUAUAGAAUCAAUAAUAGUCUUAUUCUAAUAUUGCAUUUCGAAAUAAGAAUACCAUCUGCUAUCAAUUUUCCCAACACUUUUCAAACAUUGUAGUAAUGCACGAUGUUAUAACCUGAAUACUAUUAGAGUAGUGACAUUACAUGUGUGAAACAGUAUAAUAGCAUUCCAGCGUUAACAUGAAUAGUUUAUUGUCAAAUCUUUGAACGCAGUGGCGGCACCAGCUACUGCAGAGUGUGUGGGGCCAUGCCCUUUUUGUCUCGUUGCAGUGCUUUGUAUCAGGGGAGUUUUCUUUAGGGGAGUUUCUAUCAGGGGAGUUUUGUAUCAAGGGGGCUACCUAACGCUUUUUAAUCAGUUUUUAGCAACAAUAUGU